CCGUGCCUAGUCGAAACGGGACAAAUAAAUUGAAGUAAGUGAGUAUUUACAAUAUCGUUGAGUUUAUUUAAACACUUUGGAACUCCAAGGUGUUUUGAGCAACUGUGAGUAAAAUGCAUGAAAUGAAAGCCUUACAAAGAUGCAAGAUUUUGAGUCUAUAUAUUUAUUCUCACAACAGAAAUUUAUUCUCAGUGGCCAAUGCUACACUUGACAAAGCUGAGGAAGAAGUAGACAUCAUUUGUGAAAACAAAGAUUCAAAUAUUUUACCAUAUUUACACGACAUAGUACAAGAAUGUGCAAAAGAAAAGACCCCAAUGAAUGGAAAAUCUGCGCAUGGUCAGAUGAUAAAGUCCGGAUUUGCAACUGAUACAUUGACGACAAACAUGCUCAUCAAUAUGUACGCGAAAUGCGGGUUUGUUGAUUUAGCACGUAAGGUGUUCGACGAAAUGCCUCAAAGAAGUGUUGUUUCUUGGAACACCCUGAUGGGUUCGUAUAUCAAGAACGGAGAUGGAGAAGAAGCGUUGCGUCUUUUCGUUCAAAUGCAAAGAGAAGGGAAUCAGUUUAAUGGGUUUACUGUUUCAGGUGUUCUUUGUGCUUGUGCUGCAAAGUUUGCUGUUUUAGAAAGCAAACAAUUGCAUGGUUUUGCUCUUAAGGUGUCGUUGGAAUCGAAUGUUUUUGUGUCGACUGCUUUGCUUGAUGUUUAUGCGAAAUGUGGGUUGAUGAAGGAUGCUUUUCGGGUUUUUAAUUCAAUGCCUGAGAGGAAUGAUGUUACUUGGAGUUCAAUGGUCGCAGGGUAUGUCCAAAAUGAGCUAUAUGAGGAGGCUAUAAUGUUUUUUCACAGAUUACAGAAAUCGGGGAUAGAGCAUAACCAAUUUACUCUUUCUUCGAUUAUAUCUGCUUGUGCUGCAAUGGCUGCUUUGUUAGAAGGGAAUGAAGUUCAUGCGAUAAUAUGGAAAACUGGUUUCGGUGCCAAUGUUUAUGUGGGUUCCUCUCUUGUAGACUUAUAUGCAAGGUGUGGAAGUAUUGACGAAGCCUAUAUUGUUUUUUCAAAUGCUGAGGUGAAGAAUGAUGUGAUAUGGAAUUCGAUGAUUUCUGGCUUGGCUAGAAAUGCGCGGCCUUUAGAGGCUAUGACGUUGUUUGAGAAAAUGCAGUUAGCCGGAUUUUAUCCGAGUGAGUUGACUUAUGUCUCUGUGCUAUCUGCUUGUGGUCAUAUGGGUCUUGUUGACAAGGGGCGGAUGUAUUUUGACAAGAUGAAGAGAGAACACAACUUAUCUCCCAAUGUAUAUCAUUAUUCAUGUAUGGUUGACAUUCUUGGUAGAAAAGGCUUGGUUGAAGAAGCUAAGGAUUUAAUAGAAGAUAUGCCUUUUGCUGCAACUCCUUCCAUGUGGGGUUCUGUUUUGGCCUCUUGUAGGGUCCAUGGAAAUGUUGAGGUGGCUGAAAUUGCUGCCAAACAUCUGUUUGAGCUCGAGCCUAAUAAUGCUGGGAACCACGUCUUGCUUUCAAACAUAUAUGCUUCCAAGAAAAGGUGGGGCGAUGUUGCCUUAACGAGAAAGCUUCUUAAAGACAGUGAAGCGAAGAAAGAAAGAGGCAAGAGUUGGAUACAGAUAAAAGACAAGGUUCACACAUUCAUGGUCGGGGAGAGAAAUCAUCCAAGCAUUAUGGAGGUUUAUUCAAGAUUGGAUGAAUUGUUGGUAGGUAUGGAGAAGUUAGGUUACAAAGGUGAAACUGAACACGACCUGCACGAUGUGGAAGUGAGCAGAAAACAUGAACUUCUGAGGCAUCAUAGUGAGAAGCUUGCUUUUACUUAUGGGUUGAUGUGUUUGCCUUCAAGUGCUCCUAUAAGAAUUAUGAAGAACCUCAGGAUCUGUGGGGACUGUCAUUCUUUUAUGAAGUUUGCUUCAAAAGUAACAGGGAGGGAAAUAAUUGUAAGAGAUGUUAAUCGUUUUCAUCAUUUAACUAAUGGAUCAUGUUCAUGUGGAGAAUUUUGGUAAAGAAUGCAACUGCUUGGGUUUUAAGAUCCCUUUUUGUUUGGUUUGGAAAGGUGGAAAAAGUAGUUACAAAUCUGGUUUGUUUAGACCUCAACAUAUAUAAAAAAUUUGAGGCAUUAUAUCACGGAAAAGUUUGUUACCUGUUAUCUCAACAUGAUGGCUGUACAACAAAAAGCUGGUGAAAAUCCACUUUUCCUCUGAGCAUUUGAUGUGAUCACAAACUAUGUAAAUAAGCUGGACUCUGGGCAAUGCCUUUCCCAUAAUGAUGAUGAGCAAAGGCCACCAGCUACAUCUUCUAACACCGCGAAGUUAAAUUCUUAUGAUAUCCAGCCAGGGGUCAGAAUGCUCUUGCUGACUGUCAAUCUGUCAUUCCUUUUGCCAACAAUUAUGUUAGGGUCAGUGGUGGCAAAUCAGUGUCACCAAAGGAAAGCUAUCCAUAAUAUGAUCAAUAGAUGAAUCACCGAGUCAUGAAUCUUAUGGUCCUUGUGGAAAACAAGAGUGUAUACUUCGUGAUAAUGGAACCAGGCCCAAGAAAAUUCUUUUUUGCUGCGCAGCUGCUGAUCUCUGACUACUUUCAGUUGGAAAGUUUGGAGAUUGAGAAAGUUGAAUCAUAACAUUACUUACCUCAGACCACACCCAGCAGGAGGGAUCAUUGUUACUUUUGGAUCGAACAAGAACUGAUAGCGUGACUGGACUGAUAAUGGUGGUAGCCUGGUUGGUGAACAUAAAGAAAUAUUGUUGGCUCGCGAAGGUGCACAGCUCAUUUACCUCCUGAAUUUAGGACAUUUCAUUUACUGGAUGCUUGUUAAAUUAUCGGCAAAACAUUAGCAAGUGGAACAAAAGGAUAUGAUGGAGAAUUAGGAUAGUAGCUCUUCUAGCUGUUAUUUUUUGGCUCAGAGAAGCUAUAUGCAUUGCUCCUCAGUGUGACUAGAGGCUGUAAUAAGAUAGCCCAUUUUCUGAUGAGGAGUUAUAUGGAUGGGGUUCUUUCCAGGACUAAGUUCAGGUCAUGAACGUAACCCAUAAAAACUUAAAUUAUAAGUUGUUCAUGCACUAACUAUUACUCAACUUUAAUUUAGGGGUUACUAUCAAAAAACUAGAAAUUUAUUUUUAUAUGUUAGUGUUUAACAUUCUUUUCUUUUCUUGAUCAGGAAUCCUUGUUAUAAAUUUUGAAGUGUUCCAUUACAAUGCUUGAAUAUAUCUUCAGGUGUGUGACAGGGACAUCAUCUUAUAUAUACACACACGCAUAUACGUCCGUGGAAAAGACACAAGUAUAGUGAUAUUAAUAAAGUCGAUAGAAAUAUUUUUGGAUGUGUUUGAUAUGAAGAAAAUAUAUUUCAGAAAAUGUUUAUUGGAUACCACGUCAUUCUCUAGUGUUAAAUUGUCAAAAGAUAUGUUCAAGAAAAUUGUUUGUUUUAUGAAAAAGAGGGAAACUUACUUUUAGGGUGGAAAUCAUUUUCCUUUAUAACGAUAUGAAUCCUUAGCUUUGUUUGUUUCCCACUCGAUGUUCGGUACCCUACCAAGGAUUUUUAACCAUAUACAGGGCUCGAACCCGAGAUACCUCUAUUUAAGGGAGGAGCAGCCCCCCAUCUGCUGCACCAUAUCUUUUGAUAACUAAUUUUCAAUACUUAAUCAAA